UAUAAUUCUUGUUAUAAAUACUCGAAACCAAUUCACAAACCUUGCAUACAUUCUAUUCAAAAAAAACCAUUUAUCAUCAACAAUGGAGAAAACCAACACCAAUGGAGCAAUAAGUAACAUGAACAUGAACAAAAAAACAACAAAAGGCCGAAAAAAGAUUGAGAUCAAGAAAAUAGAAGAGCAGAACACACGUCAAGUCACGUUCUCUAAACGACGUAAUGGGCUUUUCAAGAAAGCGUCUGAGCUUUGUAUUUUAACCGGAGCUCAAGCCGCCAUUAUUGUUAGCUCUCCAGCUGGUAGGAUGUAUGCAUUCGGUCACCCUGAUGCAGAUCAUCUCAUUGAUACUUAUCUAAACAACAAUAAUGAUAAUAAUAAUAAUAUUAGUACAAAUAAUAAUAAUAAUAAUAAUAAUAAUAAUUAUAAUUAUAACAAUAAUGAAGCAAAAGUGGUGCCAAUGAAUGCAUUUAAUCAGCAUUAUGUGAAAGUGUCAAAGGAGUUGGAGGCAGAAAAGAAACGAAAGGAGAUGAUACCGAGUUCUAGUACUAGUAAUAGCAAAGAAGCAUGGUACGAGAAAUCGGUUGAAGGAAUGGAUGUUAGAGAGUUGGAAGAGUAUCUUUACUCAUUAGGUGAGUUGAAGAAAAGAGUGUUGACUAGAGCUGAUGAGUUGUUGAUGAUUAACCAAACUCCGGGCUGGUUUGGCCCGAAUGCGGUUGGAAUGGGUUGGAGAAAUGGUAAUCAUCAGAUGGGUGGUGUUGGUGGUGUUCCUAAUUACAAGGAUAGUUUUCAUGGUGGUUUGAAGUUUGGGAAGUUCUUGUAGAGCUAUAUAAGAAGUUCAUUAUUAUGGGAUUUGAAGAGUCAAGCAUAUGGAGUGUUUAUUUUUUGUUUUUAUAUUUUAUUUUUUUCAACAUUUUGGUGUGAUUUACUGGUUUGAAUGUUAUUUGGGAAAUAAUAAAUCGAGUGUUUGGUUUUAAGUUAAUUAUUAUAAA